GUUCAGAAAGCAAAAUCAAACCAGACUUUUCAAUUCUGAACAAAGGCACACGCAGAACACUAGCUAAUGCCACAAAUGCAUGCAGAGCACUAUAAAUAAAGCCCUCCAGUACUAAAACUUUUCAUACAGCCUACACAUUCAAAAAACAUGAGCACAUCAACUUCUUAUGGUGAAGCAUGCUUUCUAGUUUGCGUUAUCUUGUAUGCUCAGCUGGUUUCAUCAUCAAACAAUGCUUUUGCUUCUGCUAGUUCUAGUGCUAGUUCCAGUGAAGCAGAGGUCCUUCUAAAAUGGAAAGCCAGUUUUCGAAACCAAACCCAGAAUAAUCUGACCUCAUGGACUUACUCUCCUAGAAAUUCCACCAAUCCAAAAGCAAAUGCAAGUCCAUGCAAUGGUUGGACAGGCAUUUCAUGCAACACUGCUGGUAGUGUCAACAGGAUAAACCUCACCAAUUCUGGUAUUCAAGGUACGCUCCAUGAAUUAUCAUUCUUGUCUUUCCCUAAUCUUGCAUAUCUUGAACUCAGCUACAAUGAACUCUGUGAUGCCAUUCCACCUCAGAUUAGUUUCCUCUCUAAACUCAUCUAUCUUGAUCUGUCUUUUAAUCUGUUGUCUGGGCAAAUCCCACCAGAAAUUGGUUUUCUAACAAAUCUUGAGGUCCUUCACCUAUGUGUAAACCAGUUAAAUGGCUCAAUUCCUCACCAGAUUAGUCAACUUAACUUUCUUUCUGACCUUGCACUGAGCCAAAACAGUUUAGAAGGUAUGAUCGCCCCAGAAAUUGGUCUUCUAACAAAUCUUGAGGUCCUUCACCUAGAUGAAAACAAAUUAAAUGGCUCAAUUCCUCACCAGAUUAGUCAACUUAACUCUCUUUCUGAGCUUGCUCUGAACCACAACAGUUUAGAAGGUAUGAUCCCGGCUUCUCUGGGUAAUUUGAACAACCUGACCUCAUUGUAUCUCCAUGAAAAUCAACUUUCUGGUCCUAUACCUGCUUCUCUAGGCAAUUUGAGCAACUUGACUAUUUUGAAUCUACAGAAAAAUAAACUUUCUGGCUCAAUUCCACCAUCUUUAGGUAAUCUGACAAACCUUUCCGUUCUCUAUCUCUACCAAAAUAACCUAUCUGGAACCAUUCCAGAACAGAUUGGGAAUUUGAAAUCAAUUGUGGAUCUAGAGUUGGGUGAGAAUCAACUCAAUGGUUCCAUUCCUCCUUCAAUUGGUGGCUUGAGUAACCUAGUUUUCUUAUUCCUCCAUGACAACCAACUUUCUGGUUCCAUCCCCCAAGAGAUAGGGAAUCUCAAGAAGUUGAUUGAACUCGAGUUGGAUAUUAACCAACUUUCUGGUCAUUUACCUCAAAAUAUUUGCCAUGGUGAAUCAUUGCAAAGCUUUACAGCAAAAACCAACCAAUUGACGGGUCCAAUCCCCAAAAGCUUGAAAAUCUGCAAGAGUUUAACAACUGUCUUCCUUCAAGAUAAUCAUUUGACAGGCAAUGUAUCUGAAGAAUUUGGUGCCUAUCCAAAUCUUCAACAUAUAGACCUUAGCCAUAACAACUUCUACGGUGAAAUCUCACCCAUGUGGGGACAAUGUCCUCAAUUAACAACCCUACAAAUGGCUGGAAACAACCUGAGUGGCAGCAUCCCACCUGAGAUUGGCAAUGCAACCCAAAUUCAUGUACUCGAUCUUUCUUCAAAUGGUUUAGUUGGGGUGAUUCCCAAUGAGAUUGGGAGAUUGACUUCUUUGUUGAGUCUGACUCUGAAUGAUAAUCAACUUUGGGGUCACAUACCUUCUGAAUUUGAAUCAUUGAAGGAUCUUGAAUAUCUUGACCUGUCCACCAACAAAUUCAAUGAGUCAAUUCCAAGAGUUUUAGGUGACUUUUCCAAAAUACACUACUUGAAUUUGAGCAACAACAAAUUCAGCCAAGAUAUUCCCUUUCAAUUGGGGAAAUUGGUCCAGCUAUCCCUCCUAGACUUAAGUCAUAAUUCACUUGAGGAUCAGAUACCAUCAGAAAUUAGCCAAAUGCAAAGCUUGGAGAUUCUAAAUCUUUCCCACAAUAAACUUUCUGGUUCUAUACCCAAAAAUUUCGAACAAAUGCAUAGCCUGGUUCAAAUCGACAUAUCCUACAACAAGUUGCAUGGUCCCGUCCCCAACAACAAAGCAUUUCAAGAUGGCGCUUUGGAAGGCAAUGAAGGAUUGUGUGGCAAUGUUGCAGGACUUCAACCCUGCAAUAUUCCCUCCACGGAAACUAAGCAUUCCUCAAAGACAAAUCAAAGACACUUGUUUUUAAUUGUUUUCCCUAUUUUGGGAACACUUGUACUUGCCGUCCUUGCAAUUGCCUUGGUUGGAAAAAGAAGAAAAACAGAGCAGGACACAAAGCAGCGCAAUGUGCAACACAAAGAAUUUUUUUCCAUAUCUGAAUUCGAUGGAAGAAGAAUGUAUGAAGAAAUCAUCAAGGCAACCAAUGAUUUUGAUGCUCUGUAUUGCAUCGGAAAGGGGGGAUCCGGAAGUGUGUACAAGGCAAAGCUGCUAUCCAACAACAUAGUUGCAGUGAAGAAACUCCACGCAAUACUUGAUGGUGAGGAGUCGUCUCGGAAGGAAUUCCUCAACGAAAUAAGGGCACUGAUACAAAUACGGCACAGGAACAUUGUGAAACUUCGUGGUUUCUGUUCACACGCCCAUCACUCAUUUUUGGUCUAUGACUACCUAGAAAAAGGUAGCUUGGCUUCAAUCUUGAGCAAAGAAUACGAAGCUAACAAACUGGAUUGGAGCACAAGGGUGAGGAUUGUGAAAGGUGUAGCUCAUGCCCUAUCUUAUAUGCAUCAUGAUUGCUCACCGCCUAUAGUGCAUCGAGACAUAUCAAGCAACAACAUUUUGCUCAAUUACGAAUAUGAGCCUUGUGUUUCAGACUUUGGGACCGCUAAGCUUCUAAAUGCAGACUCAUCAAAUUGGACUGCCCGUGCAGGCACAUAUGGAUAUAUAGCACCAGAGUUGGCUUACACAAUGAAGGUAACUGAGAAAUGUGAUGUUUAUAGCUUUGGGGUGCUGGCACUGGAAGUGAUAAUGGGGAAGCAGCUGGGUGAAAUCAUCUCCUCUUUUUCGUCUUCAUCCGCCAAUGGAGGCAAAUUGCUGAAGGAUGUAUUGGACCAACGCCUCCCCGCUCCCACACCUCAUGUUCAUGAUGAAUUGGUAACCAUCGCAAGCCUAGCAAUUGCAUGCAAACAUCCCCAUCCACAAUCCAGGCCAACAAUGCACAGGGUUUCGCAGGUCUUAUCAUCCCACCCUGCAAGUUCCUCAAGACAACCAGAGAUUACACUUGCGCAACUCAGUAGUUAAUUAUUUGAAUUAUGUGGCUUAUGAGUAUGGCAUAAAUAAGAUGCUCUUGUUUGAGCAUAAUCAUGUACUGAUUAGUUUGAUCAUUUCAUUUCAUUUAAACUUGAGAUUUUGUAAACAUGAAAAUCCUACAACAAAUGAAAGGAGACAUGUAUAAAAUAAUAUAUUUUAUUAAUGAA